UUUCCUAUAUACCUUCCUCUAAAACAUUUCUUCUCCAAUAACCCAAUCUUUUCUCCUAUCCUUCUCCUCACAUUUCUCUCUCUGAAUCAACAACCCAAUUGAAGAAAAGUCCCCAUGGAUAGAGAACAAGAUGAACUGCAAUUUCUUGGGAUCUUUGGCAUCUUCAAAGAAGCCUGCAAAAUUGUAUUUUCAUGGAGAAAAAUCUUCAGCCAAAUCACCUUAACGCUGAUCCUCCCUUUGAGCUUCAUCUUAUUGGCUCACGUAGAGCUCUCAAACAUCCUUUUCUUAAAGAUCAGCCACAACGAAAGAGUCUUACACCGAACAAACACCAACAGUCCAAGAUAUGAAAGAGUAGCAGAUGUCAUAUCCUCUGAGUGGGCAAUUUUUUGGCUUUUCAAAGCUGUAUACUUCACUUUCUUGCUCAUCUUCAGCCUCCUCUCCACCUCGGCCGUGGUAUACACGAUCGCGUGUAUAUACACGGCGCGAGAAAUCACCUACAGGAAGGUUAUGAGCGUCGUCCCGAAAGUGUGGAAGCGAGUCAUGGUGACGUUCUUGUGCACUUUCAUGGCUUUCUUUGCCUACAACAUAGUGGCUUUUAUUGUCCUAAUUAUUUGGCUAAUUUCGGUGGCCUUUACUGACGCUGGUACUAUUAUUGGUUUCUUUCUGCUCAUCUUUUACUUCAUCGGGUUCGUUUACUUGUCCUUAAUCUGGCUACUGGCGAGCGUGGUCUCUGUGUUAGAGGAAGCAAGAGGGAUCAAAGCCAUGACCAAGAGCAAGGCGUUGCUAAAAGGAAACAUGUGGGUGGCUGCAAUUAUUUACUUCACGCUCAAUGUUCUGGCCGCCCUUCUGCAGUUUGCAUUUCAAAUGCUAGUUGUGCAUGGAUAUUCAUUUAGUGUGGUGGAUAGAGUUGCAUAUGGAAUUAUAUGCUUGUUGCUGCUGUUCAAGCUCAUCUUGUUCUGGCUUGUCAUCCAAACUGUGCUCUAUUUUGUCUGCAAGUCUUACCACCAUGAAAACAUCGACAAAUCUGCCCUAUCAGAUCAUCUGGAGGUUUAUUUAGGAGACUAUGUUCCUUUGACUGCUAAAGAUGUUCAGCUUGAGCAAGUUUAUGUUUGACCAAAUAUUAGUCCUUGGCUGGUGAUGGUGAUGAUAUUAAUUUCUUUUUGUAUUAUCUACCUGUCUUGAUUAUUAUUAGGUAGAACCAUUAAAUAUAUCUAUGGUUAUGUAAUCAUAAAGUUGUUUUUGUAAACCCACUUGUGAUGUUCAAGCUUUUGACCUUUCCUCUUCUCCA